AUGGAUGCUAAAUCGUUCAUUCUCGUCACUGGGGCAAAUGGAUUUCUCGGGACAUGGAUUGUCCGCCAGCUGCUUGAGAACGGAAACCGUGUCCGCGCAGCCGUGCGGAGCCUGAACAGACGUACAUACCUGCGUGAGCUGUUCAGCUCGUACAGCGGGAGCCUUGAAAUCGUCGCCGUCGGUGACAUGACCGAGUCAAACGCGUUUGACCAAGCUGUUGUUGGGGUAGAUGGGAUCAUCCACACUGCGUCUCCCGUCACGACAAUUGCGGACGAUCCUCAAGAGCUUAUUCGACCCGCUGUAAAAGGAGUAACUGGUAUCCUCGAAAGUGCUCGAGACCAUGAAACUCGCAUUCGGCGGAUUGUGAUUACAUCCUCUUGCGCGGCCAUCCUCGACACUUCGGAAGUCAAGAUGGUUGUCUCCGAGCAGGAUUGGAAUGAUCAGCGGGUACAGGAGUGUGAGACGCUCGGCCGCAGUGCUUCAGGGCUGUCCAAGUACUCUGCCUCCAAGACGCUGACUGAGAGAGCCGCCUGGGAAUUUGUCGAGGCAAACAAGGAACGUAUCUCGUGGGAUCUGGCAACUAUCAAUCCGCCAUACAUCUUUGGGCCGACCAUCCCUGACGUGAAAGGGCCGGAUUCGCUCAAAUCGUCCUCAGCUCUAUUCUACAAUGCAGUUGUCAACAACAACAACUUCUUUGGCACCGACCCGCUGACAAGCCCCAGCCAUGCCUGGGUCGACGUGCAUGAUGUAGCAGCCGCACACGUCAAAGCCCUCGAGACACCGGGCGUGGCGAGGGAAAGGAUCAUUGUCUCAGCUGGAUCGUGGGUCUGGCAGGACAUGAUCAACACCGCGCUGUCUCUGCCAAAAUCUAUCUAUAGACCGCAUCGUGAUGUGACGGGCCCACGGGAGGUGACGAUGCGGUUGAUCACGUUUGAAACGGGGAAGCAGAAGCGAAUCCUGGGGCUGAGUUUGCGGUCCUUAGAGGAGUGUGUGCGCGAUAUUCUGCUUGAUUAUGCGAAGCGCGGCUGGUAUCCAGGAGUAGAUUGGCUAGACGGCAGAGGAUUGGGGGCCUCAAUGUGCGAUUGGGUACAGGUUGAGCUAUCUAGGAUGGGGAGUAGCAGAGGAGUAAUGCUGAUCAAUCAUGAGGAUGACCCUUCGACCUUAAAUCCGACAACAGAACCCUGGAUCUGGACAAGCCAAGCGAGUGGCCAAUGGCACGCGCCGGGGACAAGCAGCCCCACUCCGGGCGUGCUCAGCUGCGGAGAUAAGCAUCCGCACCCGCACCUUCAAUAA